GCGCGAGCCGAGGCGAUGGAGCCGGAGACGGAGGGCGGCGCGCCGGCGUUUUCCCCGGAGUGGAUGGCGUGCCUGCUGGCCGAGGCCGAGGCGCUGCUGGCCGAGCGGGUCUCGGCGGCCGUGCGGGCGCGGUGGCGGCGGGAGGUGAAGCUGCCCCGGAUGAGCCUGGAGGGCUGCCUGGAGCAGCUGAGCGAGGCGCGGCGCGGCCGCGAGGCCCUCCUGGCGCGGGACGGGGCGCUCUCCGAGGCGAAGCAGGAGCGGCUGCAGACCUUCCUGCGGCUGGAGAUGGCGCUGCUCCGCGAGAUGCAGGCGCUGCGGGAGAGGGCCCUCGCCUCCGCCUACGCCAUCGCCAAGAAGGGCGAGCCCCCCCCGGGCCUGGCCCGCGAGGAGGCCGGCGGCGGCGGCGGCCCGGCGGGACGCGGCGGAGAGGGCGAGGCGCCGCGGCCCGCCUCGCCGGGCAAGGAGGAAGGCGCGGCGGCCCGGGCGGCCCCGGUGAUGUCGGCGGCCGAGGCGGCCUCGCAGGCGAAGGCGGCCGCCCAGCGGGAGGCCCUGGAGGAGGCGCUGUGGGAGCCCGGCGGCGUCGGGGACCUGAUCGCCAAGGGCAGCGACCUGCAGUUCUCACUGGAGAAGUUCCUGGGCGAGCGGCUGGGCGAGGCGCUGCGGGAGCUGGAGCGCGCCGUGCGCGAGGAGGGGCGCGCUCGGGUGCGGCAGCUGCUCGGCGUACGCGACGCGCUGGAGGAGGGCGGCUGGGCCGAGCGGGCCGAGGCCCUGCGCAGGGAGGCGGGGGCGCUGCGCGGGGAGCCGCGGGGACUGCGCGAAAAGGCGGCGGCCCUGCGCAGCUGCCUGCAGGAGGCGCCCCUGGAGGAGCUGCGCCCCUUGCUGGAGAAGGCGGUGGCGCUGCUGGAGAAGACGGACAGCUGGUGGGUGGCCUGGCUGGAGAAGGCCCUGUGGGCGGCCCCGCUGGAGGAGGCCGAGGCCGCCCGGAAGGAGGCCGAGGCUCUGCGCGCGGCCCUGGAGGAGGAUGAGGAGGGGGCGCUGCUGCGCGCCCUGCAGGCGGAGGGGGGCUCGCCGGAGGAGGCCGCCCCGCGGUGGGGCUCCCUGGAGGAGAUGCGCGAUGCCCUGCAGAGCGCCCCCUUCGACGAGGUCUUCGCCUUGCUGAAGAAGCCGCUGGCCCUCCGGGAGGCCCUGCAGAACGCCCCCGAGCCGGAGGAGCAGGGCGAGCUGCUUGGCGUCCUGGAGGUCCUGGAGGAGGCCUUCUGCCAGCCCCGGCCCGGGGCCUGGCAGGAGAAACUGCAGGGCCUGCGGAGGGCCCGCUGGGAGGAGGAGGCAGCUGUCCUGCUGGAGAAGGUCUGGUCCCUGAAGACGGAGGUCUACCUCCUGAUCUCUGACCUUGACCGGGAGGAGAAGGUGGCGGUGCUGAUGGAGGAGCUGAGGGGCUUGCAGGAGGCUGUCCGUGGGGCCCCCCUGGCUGACCAGGAGGCCCUGCGGGAGAAGCUGGGGGCCCUGCAGGCAGCCCUGCAGGAGAUCCCGGUGAAGGAGGUGCUGCUGCUGCGCAACAAGGCCAAGGCGCUGCGCAAGAAGGCCACAGACUUCUGGACUGACCCCCUGGAUGAGGCUGAUGGGCUGCUGGAGGAGGUGGACGCCCUGCGGGAGAUCCUCACUGGCUCCCCCCUGAAGGAGGCCCUGUGGGGGAAGCUGGAGGACCUGCGGGGCGGCAUGCGGGAGAUCGCCAAGAAAAAGAUCAGCGUUCUUUCGUACUACCUGUGGAAUGUCUUGUGGAGCCCCCUGUGGAAGAAGGUGGGUGACAUGCAGCGCGCCCUGUGGAAAACCCCCCGCAAGGAGGAAGGGGUCGUGCAGGAGAAGCUGGGGGACCUGGAGCACGCCCUGGACGAAAUCCUGGAAGAUAACCUCAGCGGCCUUCCAAGGAUCCUGUAUGCCCUGCCAGGGAUAGUGACGGCCCUGCAGAAGAAGGUGCACGCUGUGAGGGAGAGCCUGCAGGAGACCCCACCUGAGAUGGCUGUGGCCCUGCAGGGGAAGGUGGUGGCCAUGCAGGAAGCCCUGUGGAAGAUCCCCUUCAAGGAGGCCCAUCUCAUGCAGGAAGACCUGAAGGCCUACUGUCUCACCCUGCAGAAGAAGGUGGAGGCUUGGUGGGCCCGCUCCCUGGAGGGCUCCUCUUCCAGGCGCAGGGCUGCUUUGCCUGAGGAGGUUAAAGGGACCCCUGGAACAGAGAGAAGUGAAUCUCGCGUAACAAGGGACGGCCCGGAUGCAGGAGCCAGUCAGAUGGAUCCUGUGGUUGGAGGAAUAAGGCACCGAGGCGUUUCUGCCGUUUCCUCUCCAGCUCUUCCAGCAGCGCUCAGGGCAACAAACCCCCCAGGAAAUGAAAGCGUAAAUUCUGGUAGUGCCAGAUGUUUCCAAUAUUCUGUGCUGAAAGCGAUUCCCCAUUCCCAUUUCCAGCAGAGGAAGGACUGGUAUGAGAACACGGAUCAAGAUCUGCGUGAUUAUGUUGUGCAGAGGCUCGUGCACACCAUCUUUCCAACUCCUGACUUAGCAGUCCUGAAGGACCACCAGGUAGAGAAGGUGGUGGCUUACGCCAAGAAGGUGGAAGGAGAUGUUUACGAAUCGACAAACCACUGGGAUGUGUAUUGCUGUCUAAUUAUGGUGAAGCUCUUUAAAAUAGAGAAGGAACUAAGAGAAAAGCGGAGGUUUCGUUUGCAUAAGCAAGGUAUCAUGGAUACUCAGGCCUCACCUGUGGGAGAAACCCAGCCUGUGGUGCCUCUCAGCUGUCGGCUGGCCACCCCAGAAGUGCCUCUGAGCCACAUGCAGGACCCCCCAGGUGUGAAUCAGUUGAAUCCCAUGUCCAUAUGGAACAUCCAAAACUCUCCCGCUUCGCUGGACCCACCUGCAGCUUCUCCGGUGAACCCGCCUGCUCAGAUUCACGAGGAAACAGCUUUGAUGGGGCAGGAUCCUGGCUCUCCUCUUUCUUACUCAGUGAACACAGUGCCCCCUGUUCCUCAUCAAGCCCUGCCAGGGGUCCAGAGUCAAAGCACAUCCUUGGGGCAGAUGGGAGGAGCACAAGUUUUGGCCCCAGGACGGCUGCCAACCCCAGAGCCCCCUCCGCAGCCGCUGCCGCCGCCAUGUCUGAAGUCAACCCAGGGCCCUGGCACCCUGGCGGAGCCCCAUAUUGGGACCAGAGAUGCUGCCUCGCAUGGGCUGUUGGGGAAACGGCGGAGACUAGCCGAAGGGGGAUGGAGGGCGUCUCCUGCUGGCCCCUCCCCAUCGGCCCUGCCUGACGCCCCAGCUCAGCCCUCCCCAGUGACUCUCGAGUCCCUGUGCCGCUCGCUGGAGGACCUGAGGAUCUCCGUCCUCCGAAACCUGGGAGCUGUGCACAGGCAGGUCGAGGCUCUGGAGAAGAGGAUCCAUGUGCUGGAGCGCUGGCGGGCAGAGAUGGAGGGGCGUCAGCAGCCGCAGCAGCCGUAGCCCUGCUGGGCUCCCUUCCAUCCCACCUUUCCAUGUACAGAAGCCCCGUUCUCAGGACGGUUCCUUGUUUGCUUCACUUUUUAUUCCCAAACGUUUCAAACGACAGUUUAUACUGUGUUCUUUGGAAGGCGGCGCCCGUUGCUGGAGAGACGCCUCCCCAGGACAUUCCCCGCUGUGGUUCUUCCAGCGCCGAAUGGCCGUGCUGCCUAGUGCUGCAGAUGGGAGUGUUGGGACGGCCUCUGAAGUCAAGGCAGGAGGGGUGUGGAAGGUGGAUGCUGCUCCAGGAGCAGCUCAGCAGGCACUGGGUCCCGGAGAGCAUGGAUGACUCAGGCCGCAUGGACCAAGGCACAGUGAGAGUCUGGCACACGAUGGGAGAACUGGGCUGCUCUGGCCACGUAAUCAAGCAGUCUGGGUGGUGGUGGGGAUGGCAGCCCCCAGCCUGGAAGAUCAAGCUUACGCUUCUCCCCGUGGCUGCUUGCAGCCGAACCCCUCCCCUUCCCUUCCCUUCCCUUCCCUUCCCUUCCCUUCCCUUCCCUUCCCUUCCCUUCCCUUCCCUUCCCUUCCCUUCCCUUCCCAACUGAGAACCAUGUGCCUGAAUCUGGGACCGUCCUGGGACUUCUCAACUCACCUGCUCCUUGAACUUGGCUGCCCCUGGAAGACCCUGCGCACGAGACAGGCAUGGACGCCGACUGCACUUCUGCAGGCAGCCACCCUUUCUGAACUCCCAGCUGAUCUUGGCUUGCCUUAUCAGCUGAGACAGAGGGUCGCAGCUCUGAAAUGGGAUGGAAGGCUCUCCUUCACAGCAGGACUCGUACCCGGCGGGCAGGGAGCAAAAUGCCAGUCCCUGGAGCUGCCUGGAUGUUAGCAGUAGGCCCAUGUGAACCCCCUCUGAUUCAAGUUGAAUUGGAGAUGGGAAAUUGACUUGACUCGAUUCGUGGUUUUAGAUUUGAUGCGAUGCAAUGUGAUUCGAAAUUAAAAAUUUGAAAAGGAAUUUGUCUGUCUGUUUACUGUGAAGGCAAAGGAUUUUGAAAGUUAAAGUCUACCCAUCUUAGAGUGCCAAGGCUGAGAAUUACUCGUUUAGAGGACAUUAAUCCUGCAAAUUUCUGCCAGAUGUUUUCAAAGAUAGAUAAGGCUUUGAAACGCUCUCCUUUCUUUCAGGGCAUUGUAGGAG